AAUACACUUUUCUGCGGACUUUUAGUCAGUUUGAUCAGUUUUCGUGAUAUGAAGGGAGCAGUUGAUUCUGAGUAUUCGAUUAUAAAAUCCAAGUGUGUUUUCCUUGGAGAACAUGGAGGUGAUUAUCAUAAGAAUAAUUUAAAUUAGUAGCUGGAAAAACAUCAAUCAUACUACGUUUCAUGCACGAUACAUUCGAUCCAGCUUAUCAUGCUACAAUAGGCAUUGACUUUGUUUCAAAAACUCUUUGUUUCAACGAAAAAUCAGUAAGAAGGUUUAGCAGCCUCAUUCCUAGCUAUAUAAAGGAUUCAUCUGUAGCAAUCGUCGUCUAUGACGUCACAAGUCGUGAAUCAUUUGUCAGAGCUGAUAAAUGGAUCGCAGAAAUUCGCACUGAACGUCCAUCAAAAACAUUGGUUUUUCUCGUCGGCAACAAAGUUGAUUUAGAAGACAAACGAGUUGUAACGACUGAAGAAGCAGCUAAGAAAGCCGAAAAAGAAAAUUUAUUCUUUGUUGAAACUAGUGCCAAAACAGAUUUCCAAAUAAAGAAGUUAUUUGAUGAAGUUGUAGUAGAAGUCGUUAAAAGUAUAAAUAAUUCAAAAGAAAAUGAACAUCCAAAUGGUAAUGUUGAAUUGGAUAAAGAGAAUGGAUAUUGGAAAUGUUGGUGCUUUUAAAGAAAUAAACAAUCACCAUAGAUACAUAUAUAAUUCAACUUAACAAAUACUUUUUUUUGUUAUUUUUCAAAAAAAACAAACAAACAUAAUCAUGAAUUGUAUGAGCUAUUUCACAUAGUGUAAAUAAAUGAUCAAUGAAUGAUAUUCAGUUGGGUAGGUGUAUAACUGUAUUGAAUAUUUGUUUGUUUGUUUUUCUAUACUUUUAAUGAUAUACACACUUACAAUAUAUAAAUGGAUAUACAUAUAGGACAUGGAAUCUAUGAUACGAAAUGAAAAUAUUAAACUGCUUAAAUCUUUCCUUAUUCAUUUCUCAUUCAUUCAAGUCUACAUUUGUCAUUCAUUCUUAGAUUUAUACAAGAAAAAAAAAGAAGAACUAUUG